AUGUGUAGCCGAUUUUUUGGAGGGAAGUUGGAGUUUCAUCAUCAUCGAAAAGUUCGGUGCAAUGCGACCACAAGCAUGUCGCGUUCUAUCCAUAAACCGUUUUUCCAAGUUGAAAACGAUGCUGAACUCCGGUCCAUCUAUAUUCGUCCAGCGACGGAGGAGGAGAAGAAGGAAGCCAGAGGAACUGACGGAUUCUGCAAUUGGUCAUCGAGAGUAGAAAGACUGAAUUUCAAUAACAAUGCUUGGGAUGGGUACCAUCCUCUCAACGAGUCGGAAGGAAAGAAAAGAGAGAGAAUUGCUGCGCAUCACGAGGAUAUACGCAAAAGGCAUGGCAGGGAACCGUCGCCGUGUCGGGAUUCUGGAAGCUCCUCAAGAAAACGUCACCGUUAUAAAACUGAUGAUUACCGGAAAAGAAGAAGGUCUAGGUCGUCUUCUGGGUCAUUGAGGAGCUAUUCACGUCAUCGUGGUUCAAGAAGAGAAGAAUCUUCGAGGGGCUCACAGAAAGUUCCAGAAGCCACAUCAGAAUUUCCCAUGAUCCCGCCAAAAAUUGCAAUUCCUCCUCUAGCUAAAUCAGAAGAGCCUAUCUUUCAUGGUCCAUCCCAAUCUCCAGAACCAGAAGGUCUGAUCCAAGAAUCUCAAUCUGGCCCAGGAACAUCGAAUACUUCUUCAUCAACUCUUCAAGAAGCAAAUCAAGUUCUAGUUACUCUGCUAGGGACACCAACAGCUUCAAAAGUUCCAGGAUCGUUUUCUUCAUCUGUCAGUGCACCUCUAUCGCAUUUCGAAGUUUUGUCCGCGAUGGCUCAGCCGGGGGCCGAGCCAGCCAAAUCGAGUUCCGCUACUCAAACAGAACGCUUGGGAAUAAUGGCUCCCAAAGAGAUCAACGAGAUUCAAACACCGCUUCUUCAAAUGCCUGCCAAAGCUGAUGCUCAGUUCCAAAAUACCGUAGAACCUGAAGAGCUGGUUCUUCAACUGCCUCCUGAAAUUGGAACUGUGGAAAGACGAUCAAAAGAUGCAGGACCUUCAAAGGCAUCUACUCCCAGGGAGAACCUUCUAGCUAAAAACUCGGAGUUUUCUCCAAGAAUUCGUUUUUUGAAUACAUCCGGUCGUGAAAUUGGAUCCAUGAUGCCCAAUAGUCACCUGGGCACAUCAGAAUCUUCCAGAAGCUUCCCAGCUUUAGAGAAUCUGGAACGUCUAUCUGGUUUUUGUAAAGUACAGAUACCUCAAUCGUCAUCUAGCUCAAAUUUGGCUUAUCUGGACCAGCCUAAGACCACCGUUGCACAGGAUUCCAAAGUCAAGUCUUGUGAAUGUUCAAAGUGUUCAAAGUCAUCAGGUGUUUCUUCCGCUCCACAAACACGUCGUCCAGGUUCCAAUUCUCUAAAAAAUCUUCAAGAUGUCCCAUUCCAACAAGGGGCUCAGCCAACAAGUCUCAUGAACCCAUCAGAAGAAACUCCUCAAGGCAACGAUUCCAGUUCAGCUCAAUCACCUCGCCCAAUGCAACGUCCAUCCAGUUUCCCUGUAAACUUGGAAACUCAUGAGGAAUUCGUUAAAAGCUAUGCGAUUCAAGCUAUGCUUGAGCCAAGAAAAAAAUCAGAGCUUUCAAGCUUAUACGACGGAAACUCCCCAUCUAAUUGUGUUGCGGUGGAAAGAUCCGAGGGCGACACCCGUCGGAUUGUUCCACCGCCUUUGAGCUAUCAGCCAGAACCUUUGGAGUCGCCAGAAACAUUUUCUCCAGGAAGUUCGCGGUCGUCGAUGCCUCCGCUGCUGAAGACAUCUGAUAUGGAAGAGGCAUCGGAUACGGAAGCGAGAUUAAAUCGGAAUGAGAUGAUCAGAAAUAGAGAGCAAACGAAUAUGGAUGGGCAAAAAACAGAAGCUUCCGAUGCCAAUCUGACGUCUUCUGACACGAAUGACUCUGAAGAAGCAUCUGAAGGAUCACCAGCUCCUGAAACUUCAAGACACCUGUCCCGUGAAUCUGCAUCUCCAGAACCUAGUCAGUGUAGAUGGCAGAGAAGAAGCUUUCAGCUUCUGGAAGAUACUCUUAUGUUUAAAAUUGGAGUUUCAGGAAGAAGAAGAUCAAUGACCCAAAAAUACCCAGUAUCUGGUGGAAGACACCGAUCGGCAGGGAUCAGAGACACUACCAGUGUGCUUCCAAUGGUUCAUAUAUCUCGUCAAGAGUCUUCAUCUCACCAGUCUCUUUGUACUAGAAAUCUAGGCCAAAGACUUAAUUCAUCGGGUGGUAUAUUGCUUCACAAGCCCCCACUUCCUAGGACAGUGUCUCAACAGGUUCCAACGGCUCAUCAGCAGUCCACCUUACAACAUAAUAUGUCGUCGAUCACUUCGAGAGCUCCAGAAAGGGUACGACAGUCACCAGAAAACAUAAAUUUGUCAAUUCAGAAGCCUCCAGAAGCCAAGAGGGAAACAACUGGAACAUCAUCUCAGUUUAGAUCAAUCCCAAUGUAUGGCGAUUAUGGACGAGCAGGAGGCGUGACAACUAGGGUUCCAAGAGAUUUGCCCCCAGUACAAACUGUGUUCAACUUGCAAAAAGUAGCACGGAAAAGAAGAGCCGAUCAAGAGGCAGCUAAGAAUGGUCAAAUUGGUUAA